CAGACCUGUCCGUGCAGCUGAGAGAAAUCCUGACAAAUUUGCCUUCAUUUCACAAGAACAAUAUGAGACAUCAGAAGUAGAUAAAAGGGAGGAGAGUCGUAAGAUGAAGAAGGUCUUCAGUUAUGACACAGAUGAGCAGAAUUACAUGAAUCGAGCACAGAUGUGCAAGUGGGAUGGAGCGUCUAAUAAUCAAAGUGAUCUAAGACCUGUCUGUGCAACUGAGAGAAAUCCUGACAAAUUUGCCUUCAUUUCACAAGAACAAUAUCAGACAUCAGAAGUAGAUAAAAGGGAGGAGAGUCAGCAGAAGAAGAAGGUCUUCAGUUAUGACACAGAUGAGCAGAAUUACGUAAAUCGAGUACAAAUGUGCAAGUGGGAUGGAGCAUCUAAUAAUCAAAGUGAUCUCAGACCUGUCCGUGCAACUGAGGGUAAUCCUGACAAAUUAGACUUCAUUUCACAAGACCAAUGUGAAACAUCAAAAGUAGAUAAAAGGGAGGAGAGUCAGCAGAUGAAGAAGGUCUUCAGUUAUGACACAGAUGAGCAGAAUUACGUGAAUGGAGCACAGAUGUGCAAGUGGGAUGGAGCAACUAAUAAUCAAAGUGAUCUCAGACCUGUCCGUGCAGCUGAGAGAAAUCCUGCCAAAUUUGCCGCCUUUUCACAAGAACUAUAUCAGACAUCAGAAGUAGAUAAAAGGGAGGAGAGUCAGCAGAUGAAGGUCUUCGGUUAUGACACAGAUGAGCAGAAUUACAUGAAUCGAGCACAGAUGUUGAAGUACGAUGUAGCAUCUAAUAAUCAAAGUGAUCUCAGACCUGUCCGUGCAACUGAGGGAAAUCCUGACAAAUUUGCCUUCAUUUCUCAAGAACAAUAUGAGACAUCAGAAGUAGAUAAAAGGGAGGAGAGUCAGCAGAUGAAGAAGGUCUUCAGUUAUGACACAGAUGAGCAGAAUUACGUGAAUCGAGCACAGAUGUGCAAGUGGGAUGGAGCAACUAAUAAUCAAAGUGAUCUCAGACCUGUCCGUGCAGCUGAGAGAAAUCCUGACAAAUUUGCCUUCGUUUCACAAGAACAAUAUGAGACAUCAGAAGUUGAUAAAAGGGAGGAGAGUCAGCAGAUGAAGAAGGUCUUUGGUUAUGACACAGAUGAGCAGAAUUACGUGAAUGGAGCGCAGAUGUGCAAGUGGGAUGGAGCAACUAAUAAUCAAGGUGAUCUCAGACCUGUCCGUGUAGCUGAGAGAAAUCCUGCCAAAUUUGACUUCAUUUCUCAAGAACAAUAUGAGACAUCAGAAGUAGAUAAAAGGGAGGAGAGUCAGCAGAUGAGGAAGGUCUUCAGAUAUGACACAGAUGAGCAGAAUUACGUAAAUCGAGUACAAAUGUGCAAGUGGGAUGGAGUACCUAAUAAUCAAAGUGAUGUGAAAACAAAUACCAAAUACAGGUACUGUAGGAGUAUCGAUGAGGAUGACAGUAGCAGCAUUCACCGAUCAAGAAUGCUUUCUGCCAGCCAAAUGCCGCAUUAUGGAACAUCAUCUGCUCACUGCCUUGUUGAUCGACAACAAUUAUUAUCACCCAGCAACUCUCUAACGUCUGUUCGUACAACUUGUUCAAAGAGAAGCUUUACUGACAGAAAGGAAACUGAACAUUUGAGAAGUGAACAAAAUCAGAUUCAUCCCAGUGAAGAUGGUUACAGAAAUUAUCAACCACCAGUCCAAUCCUCUUUCUGUUCUUUGGAGAAGAAUGUUUGUAAUCCAUCCAGGGAAAGAUUGAGAGUUACAUUUUCAGAUGAAAUUCCGAUUAAAAACAAUAAGCUAAGCGGUAGAAGUACCCCUGAAGAUGAUAAUGCCAGCUGUCACAAAUCAAGAAUGCCUUCCACCAGCCAAAUGCCACACCAAGAAACAUCAUCUUGUGAUCAACAAAGUGGAGCAUCAGCUGGCUUUACUGAGCACAUCAAUACAGAAAUUACAGGCAAUAAGAGUUCAGAAAGACAAUCAAAAUUAACCAGAGCCAACAUGGAAUAUAUUGACAAGAGAUUGGAAGCGACAAAAACAAGCAGUUUAAAUUCUUUGCAGUCAAGUUAUAAUGGAAAGACAACUCUGCAUAAAUUGCCUGAAGUAGAUCAAAGUGGUGAUUAUAAUCCUCGAAUUCCAUUGGGGCUCAGAUCUGGCAGCUCUGCAAACGUUUCCCCACACUUGCAGAAUUUACUUGAUCUGGUGGACCGUCACUGGAGUGGUUCAAAUUCACUCCACACAAACCAGAGGUUCCUUAACUCUGCUGAAGAACUGCUCUUCAAUGCGCUGGACACAUUGGCCAUUUCAAAAAUUCAAAGCCAGGAACAAAAGGAUAAAGUGUUAACAGAAGAAAGCAGAUCUCUGCAGACCAGAACAGCGUCUGGUCUAGACACUGCAAAGUUCCCUCGUAUUAAACAUGAAUUAACUCAGAAAGAGGAUGAUUUGGAAUCAUUAAAUGGAAAGUUUGAAAAACUGAUCGAGGAAAACAACAAGCUACAUUCUCAGUUAAAGAGCUCAGAACUUGUGAAUUUUGCUGAACUUCAACAACGCAACAAGGAACUUCACAGAGAAAAUGAUAGACUAAAUUUGGAAGCAGAAUAUUUGCAUCAGCAAUAUGAAGACUACAUUAAAUUACAGGACACUGUCUCGAUGUUACAAGAGAGUCAUAGAGCCAUUAUAUCCUCAAAUAAUUAUUUAAAAGAGCUGCUGAACGCAAGUUCUACUCGCCAGAGGACAGAUAUGUCAGAUCUUGACUCUCGGCACACAGAAGCAUUGAGCAAACUGUCAGCUUCAGGAAUCUUAGAUCAACCCUCAUCGCUCAAAUACAGCCAGCAUAGAGAUAGAGAUAUACUGUAAUGAAAGUGCAUUUGGUACAGGAACUCAUUUUAGUCAUGUAACUUCAUGAAAAAUAUGCAAUUCUAAAUAAAUUAAUCUUUGUUGGAAAUUGUACAUGAGCAAAUCCUAAAUUAUUUUUAGUACAAAUAAAACCUUUUAUCAAAAUUUAAAGUUAGUCUCCAAUAAAUAUGCCAUGUUAAUAUAAAGGUGGAAUAAGGAAUAUAAAAGUGGAUAAGUCUCCAGGUCCGGACAAGAUAUUCCCUAGGAGCUUGAGGGAAGUUAGUGUGGAAAUAGCAGGGGCUCUGACAGAAAUAUUUCAAAUGUCAUUAGAAGCAGGGAUGGUGACAGAGGAUUGGUGUAUUGCUCAUGUGGUUCCAUUGUUUAAAAAGGGUUCUAAGAGUAAACCUAGCAAUUAUUGGCCUGUGAGUUUGACGUCAGUGGUGGGUAAAUUGAUGGAAAGUAUUCUUAGAGCUGGUAUAUAUAUUUAUCUGGAUAGACAGGGUCUGAUUAGGAACAGUCAACAUGGAUUUGUGCGUGGAAGGUCAUGUUUGACAAAUCUUAUUGAAUUUUUUGAUGAGGUUACUAGGAAACUUGACAAGGAUAAAGCGGUGGAUGUUGUCUAUUUGGACUUCAGUAAGGCCUUUGACAAGGUUCCACACGGAAGGUUAGUUAGGAAGGUUCAAUCGUUAGGCAUUAAUAUUGAAGUAGUAAAAUGGAUUCAGCAGUGGCUGGAUGGGAGAAGCCAGAGAGUAUUGGUGGAUAACUGUGUGUCAGAUUGGAGGACGGUGUGUAGCGGUGUGCCUCAGGGAUCUGUACUGGGUCCAAUGUUGUUUGUCAUAUAUAUUAAUGAUCUGGAUGAUGGGGUGGUAAAUUGGAUUAGUAAGUAUGCAGAUGAUACUAAGAUAGGUGGAGUUGUGGAUAAUGAAGUAGGUUUUCAAAGCUUGCAGAGAGAUGUAAACCACUUAGAAGAGUGGGCUGAAAGAUGGCAGAUGGAGUUUAAUGCUGAAAAAUGUGAAGUGCUACAUUUUGGUAGGACUAAUCAAAAUAGGAGAUACAUGGUAAAU